AUGCCGAAGCCGAGAACGAAACGACAAGCCAUCCGCGACGAGCGGAAAAAGAAGAGAAGGGAAACUCACGAGGAGAACCACGAGGAAAACCACGAUGAACGUCAAUCCAAACGGAGAAGGUUCGAGGAUGGAGACCAAGACACUGAACAACAGACAUUCGACGAUGCGGGCGACUUCCAGCAGUCGUUCCACGCCAAUGGCCCCGAAAAGGAGUUCUUUGGAAUGCUCGCGGACGAAGAGCAGGAAUAUUUCCGCCGCGCCGACGAAUUGCUCGAGCUCAACCAGUUCCCUUCCCCCGAGGAGCGCGACGUCUUUCUGCAAAACGUGUAUAAGGAAGCGCAGGGCAAGGAAUUGAAGUUGGCCAGCAGUCAAUCGCUGUCACGUUUGAUGGAGCGUCUGAUUCUUCUUUCAAACACGAGACAGAAGAAGCAGAUCUUCAACGCCUUCGCCGGCCACUUCCUGUCGCUCGUCCAGCACCGAUUUGCCAGCCAUUGCUGCGAAAAGUUGUUCCUUGAAUCAGCACCGAUCGUGACGCAAGAGCUGGGCGGGAUCGUGCCGGAGCCCAAGGCUUACGAUGCGAUGGAAGUCGAGGAGGGUGCCGAACCAGAAAAUACCAUGGAGAACCUCUUCCUAAUGACCCUAGACGAAUUCGAGCAGCACAUGGGCUUUCUCCUCACAGACCGAUUUGGAUCACACACCCUGCGUGUGCUCCUGGUCGUUCUCUCGGGCCGCCCAUUGGACGACUCGGCCACCAAGUCACUUCUGAAGAGCAAAAAGAAGGAGUACAUUUCCGUCCAGGGAGCCACUGGUGCCUCGGAUGAGCUCACCCAUCAGCUGAGAGCUGUCCCCGAGUCCUUCACCCUGGCUACCAAGAAGAUCAUUCAGGAUGCCGUGGCCGGCAUGGACUUUACCGCUCUGCGCGUCCUCGCCAAGCACCCUACCGGCAACCCUCUCUUGCAACUUUUGUUGGAGCUCGAUAUCUCCCUGAACCAUAAGAGCGACAAGACGUCGGCGGCGGCGAGCAAGGACACCUUGCUGUACCGACUGCUGCCCGACGCUCCCUCGUCUCUUAGCGACGACACCUCGCAAGCGGCGGACUUUGUCAACAGCAUGGUCUACGACCAGAUUGGAUCCCGUCUUCUCGAGACCCUCAUCACGAACUGCCCCGGCAAGAUCUUCAAAGCACUCUCUCAUAACUUCUUCGGCGAGCGCAUCGCGACGUACGUUCGCAAUGACAUCGCCUCAUACCCCGCUCUCCGCGUUCUGAACCGUGUCAGCAAGGACGACCUUGUGGAAGCUGUCAAGAAAAUCAUCCCCGCGGUGCCCCUUUUGGUGACCAAGGCACGCUACAAUGUACUCAAAACUCUGUUCGAGCGAUGCGAAGCGCGUGGUGCCUACGAAGAGAAGAGUGCCCUCACCAGGGCGCUUACCGAUGCACUGGGCUCUAACCCGAAGGACCUGGUCCCGAAGUUGUGUCAUCUGGUCGAGGACGAGUCUGCUGAGAAGGAGGAGUUCCAGCAGUCACCCCAGAACAAGACUGCCGUUGCUGCCCAUGGUUGUCACCUUGUGUCGACCAUGCUGAAGACUCCCGGCAAUCCCUCCAAGGUUGCCCAGAAGUCUCUUGUCGCUAUGCCUUCUGAGCUUCUUGUCAAGCUUGCGACCACGGCGAUGGCGUCAAUGACAGUCCUGACGACAGCUCUCGCUAGCCCUGCAGCACCCCAAAACGAAUUCUUCCACAAGGCUCUUGUCGGCGCUCUCGCGCCACACGUCGCAGAGCUAGCGCAGUCUCAGUUCGGCCACAACGUCGUCAACGCCAUCAUCGAGGUUCCCUCGCGUGGCAAGGACCGCUCCAUACCCUUUCAUGUCAAGCAGACCAUCAUCUCCUCGCUCGCAGAGCACGAGAGGACGUUGCGCGACUCUUGGAUAGGACGUAGCGUGUGGAGGACGUGGAAGGGAGAUAUGUGGAAGACGAGGCGGUCGGACUGGGUCAAGUGGGCCAAGGAAGUGGACGGACCGGCCGAGGAGACCAGACUGAAGCCGUGGGAGAGGAGGAAGCUGGAGCAGCAGAGAGGUCCGCAACCGAGGCAGCUGCCUAAGGAGAUGGUGAAGGAGGAUGAGGAGUGA